GUUCCUGCUCGUGUAUCGACGAGCGAGAGUCGGAGCAAAAGUAUACCUGACGUCGCGCCGUACGCCGAGUCCUGAUGUGACCACCGAUGGUGAUCGGCAGCGACAGCGAAGACCGUGACGAAUCAAGAAGAGAAAGAUGCGGCCCAGCGUGACCAGGCUGGCGCGUGUCUGCCUGCCGCUCCUGCUGAUAGUGGCCAUGGCGAGCGCGAGGAUCCACAAGUUGGACAUACGGAAAGACAAGAGGCAGUACAUUACCCUGAGCACAUUCGGUUUCUACAAGGGCGGCAUCUUGACCGUAAAUCUCACAAAUUUCAAGUUCGACGAGGCGGACCCUGAUAACAAACUGACGUCAGAAAAUGCAAAUAAAGCUGUGUUUGGAUUUAGCUUGGGUCGAACACUCAUCGACGCCAUUAAUCCGUACGUGCACAAUCAUCUGGAUGGAUGCUUAUUGCAGAAUGCGUCGAAUGUCAAGGUGGAGCAACGAGACGACAGCUCCAUCAUAUAUUUCACCAUGGACUUGAAGAAUCUAACCAUGCAAGUAAAUUGCAGCCACAACGUGCGGGCGGCGCAUAUUUAUAGAGAUUCCAGCGCCGUGCUGAUGUAUCGAACGAAGAGGAGCUCGUUGUCGGCGAGGUUCAGCGAUACCGCGCUUUUCCCGCGAAGGAAACGCAACACGUCGCACGCAAUCGAGAAAUCGCUCGUCGACGGCGAUGACCUAAGGCGACCCAGGUCAGAGAACAACGCGUGUUCUCGCUUGAGAUUACCGAUGACGACGGAGACGACUGCGAGGGGCGAGAGGUCGUACAACACGAGCUUCGUCAUGUACGUGGCCAGCGAGGAGGAGGAGGGCCUGUACAAUCUCUAUUUCCACAAUUGUCGGAAUUACGAUAAUAAUAAGGAGCCGCUGCUCGUGGAUUUCACGGUAGAAAUAGCGGAGAUCAACAAUGACAACUUCCUCAGCGCCGGCGAGAUGCCCUUGCCGGCUCUGUACUUCACGAUGGCGCUCCUCUUCUUCCUAUCGGGCUGCUUCUGGGUGUACAUUCUCAACAGGAGCACGCACACCGUGUUCAAAAUUCACUACUUGAUGGCGGUGCUGGUGUAUCUGAAGUCCUUCUCGCUGCUGUUUCACGGUAUAAACUAUCACUUCAUCCAAACGAAGGGCGAGCACGUGGAGGCGUGGGCGAUUUUGUACUACAUCACUCACCUACUGAAAGGCGCCGUUCUCUUCAUCACUAUCGUGCUCAUCGGCACGGGAUGGAACUUCAUAAAAGACAUCCUCACGGAUAAGGAGAAGAAAGUCUUCAUGUUGGUCAUACCAUUGCAAGUGUUGGCAAACGUGACUGAGAUAAUAAUCGAGGAGAGCGACGUGGGUAAUUUGCGUCGCGAGACCUCGCGGGACAUGUUCAUACUCGUCGAUUUGUUCUGCUGCGGUGCAAUUCUAUUUCCGGUGGUGUGGAGCAUCAGGCACUUGGAGGAGGCCGCCCGCACGAGUGACAAAAUGGCUAUGAAUCUGCGCAAGCUCGUGCUGUUUAAGCAUUUCUACAUUAUGAUAGUUUUCUAUAUAUACUUUACCAGGAUUAUAAUGUACUUACUCAAGAUCACUGUGCGUUUUGACUACCAAUGGCUGGAUGAAACAUUCCGAGAAAUGGCGACCUACGCGUUCUUCGUCCUGACGGGUUACAAAUUUCGACCCGCGUCCGCGAAUCCAUACUUCAUGGCACCGACCGAAGACAUGGAGGAUGACGAGGACGACAGAACCGACGUCGUUAUUUCCGGUAGCAACGGACUUAGUAGAGACUUUAGUAAAGUAAGCAAGGUGCCGAGAGCGGUGAAGUCGGCGACCUCCAAAGUUCCGUCUUCUGAGGAGGAGCAGCACAUUCUUUUCCAUAACAUGGAUUCCUCUCGCGAAUACGAUUGAGUACGACAGGAGUAGACUGCGAUGGACCAGGCCACGUGACGAAUGCGUCUGUGAAUCUUACGAGAUCUUAUGGAAAUUAGAUUCAGAUUGAGUUAGAUUAGAAUCGGACUGAUGUGGCAGAGAAAAGCGUGGGAAGACGAUAGGCGAAGCGAGAACGGCGGAAAGAAACUGAAAAACGACUUGAGACUCAUUUUAUACUUCUGCAAAGAGAAAGAAGGCGAACGCUUCUUCGUGCUUGCUAAAACGCGUGUAUCAAUUAAUUUAUCGCUUAUGUAAUUUUUGUAACAUUUUUCGUGGUUACACGAAAGUUCACGCUUAUUUGGGAUUUAUUUACUUUUUGUUACUUUUCAGCGAAAAGAAGGUAACUUUGAAUCUUUCGAUAUUAAAUUCUUCUUUGGAUAUUAAUCGCGUAAUUUUCGUUUUCAUUAUCAACGUUUAAUUUAAUGUUACGUUCGUGAGAUGUUUCUUUCUUUCCUUCUUUCUCUCUCUCUCCUUUUUUUUAGUGAGAUAUUUCGAUAAAGUAGUGAGAUACUUCGAUAGGUAAUCGUUUAUUCGGCAUUUAGCGUUCAACGACGUCACGAUCUUACGACUCCAACGUGAAAACGCGAGCGGACGACGCGACGCGCGCUUCUCCCACGCGCCUUUCGUAGUCGGUUUUCCGUUAGGCAUUUAGAAAAAACAUUUCCAUUUUCUUUUUUUUCCCCAUGACACACACGCUUGAUUUCCUCGCUGCGAGAAUCUCAUUUUCUAGGGAAUGCUGUGGUGAUAUAUAAUGCUCGUAUCGCGCGUUGUAAUCUUACUUUUAGGCAUGUGAGCGGAACUAAACGAUGCAAUAAACUUACCCAACGAUAUUGUGUCCUCUCGCGAUGUUAAAGCGAUAUUACUCUAUCAUUAUUAUUAUUAUUCAUUGGCGGAUCUACUGAUGAUAAGCUUAAGUUUCACGAACCCCACCGGCUGCCAAGAAGUAUCCACGUACACGGAGAUACGUGCCGAUGCAUAUCGCUUCUCGAGCUGUGAUCUCAAUCUGUUUUCUUAACAUUGUAAAAUUCGUGUUAUUUAUUUUGUUACGUAACGGAUUGUAUAUCGUGAUACAUUCGAAUGAACCAAACUUUCUUGUGAAGAACCCUCUAGGAGUUAGAUUAGAUCGGCGAAAAACUGUAGAUCCGCAACUGAUUGCGGUACCUAUUACACUUACUGUAUACGCAUCGUCAUCGCCGUCGUUACACUCAGGACCGCGGUUACCUACGAACGUUGGCUGAAAGCUUCCAGGCAGAGUAAACGCGGUCCUGAGUGCACCUGUUACUACCAAUAAUACAUGUCGUAUGUAUGGGACACGAAGAGUUGAAAGAAUAAAGCGGAUAUUUUUACGAACA